AUGGGCUACGACUUCACAAUCUACAAAGGCUCCAAAGACGGCAGCAUCCAGAAAUCCACAACCCACCGCCCCGCGCUCCAAAAAGACCAAGUCCUGAUCCGAAUCACCCACUCCGGGGUCUGUUUCACAGACGUCCAUUACCGCACAACAGACAUGGCCCUCGGCCACGAAGGAGCCGGCGUGGUCGAGGAAACUGGUCCCGAAGUACAAGACCUGGUCAAAGGCGACCGAGUCGGCUGGGGCUACGAACACGAUUGCUGCGGCCGGUGUUCGAAAUGUCUAACGGGGUGGGAGACGUUCUGUCCCGAGCGGAAGAUGUACGCGGCCGCGGAUCUGGACCAGGGGUCGUUUGCUUCGCAUGCUAUCUGGCGGGAAUCGUUCCUGUUUAAGAUUCCCGAGGGGAUUAAGAAUGAGGAUGCGGCGCCGUUGAUGUGUGGGGGGUCGACUGUGUUUAAUGCCCUGCAUGUAGCUGGUGUGAAACCUACUGCUCGGGUGGGUAUCAUCGGAGUCGGGGGAUUAGGGCAUUUGGCGAUCCAGUUUGCGGCCAAGAUGGGAUGUCAGGUUGUGGUGUUCUCGGGCAGUGAUAAUAAGAAAGAUGAAGCUAAGAAACUGGGCGCUGCGGAGUUCUAUGCGACGAAGGGUGUUAAGGAGUUGAAGGUUGAGAAGAAGUUGGAUAAUUUGAUUGUCACAACGAGCAGUCAGCCGGAUUGGAAUCAGUAUGUGAGUGUUUUGAAUCCUGGGGCGACUAUUUCCCCGUUGUCGGUUGAUUUGGAGGAUUUCAAGUUUCCUUAUAUGCCGCUACUGGGGAAUGGGUUUAGGGUUGUGGGGUCGAUUGUCUCGGCUAGACAGGUUCAUCGCGAUAUGUUGGAUUUUGCGGCUUUUCAUGGGGUGAAGCCGAUUAAUAUGACAUAUCCGAUGAGCAAGGAGGGGAUUGAAGAGUGUUUGAAGACGUUGGAGGAGGGGAAGAUGAGGUAUCGGGGGUUGCUGGUGGCGCAGUAG